CGGGCUGCACGUCGUCGCGCGACCGUCCGUGGACCGUUCGUCCCCGCAGCGGCAGCAGCAGUAGUAGUAGUAGUAGUCGGCUCACAUCCGCGGUCCGGACGCGCACGAUGCGAUCGAAACACAGCAAAGUCGGGCGCGCCGUCACCCCGCGGUAAAAAAAAAAAGCGAAUCGAAUAAAACUGCGCUGCAAAUCCGACACCUACGAGACAACUGCAUAAUAAUUAUAACGAUAUUAUUAAAUAUGUUUUCGUGUAAUUUGAAAACGGCCUAAGACGGCUUGACCGGUUUUAAAUAAUAUUAUAGUAUUGUGACAGUUAAAAAAACCGUCGUGAGUUUUUCUGCAGCCGACGCCGAGAUAUGCGCCUGGUGCGGAUGACGUCGGAUCACAGCAAGAAGAGGCGCCGCGGCCCUUCGUCGGCGGACCAUCAUGGCGCGGCCACCACCUCGUCGUCUUCGUCGUCGUCCUCUCCGCCGUCCGAGGACUUGUGGUGGACCGAGGCGGCCGUCAACGAGGUGACCGCUGAGCACCCGGGCGAGUUGGUUCGAACCGGGUGCCCGUACAUGCUGUGCAGUGCCCUGCCCACGCACUGGCGGUCCAACAAGACGCUGCCCGGCGCGUUCAAGGUGGUCAUACUGUCCGAGGUGCCAGACGGCACGGCCGUCACGCUCAAGGCCGGCAACGAUGAGAACUGUUCAGCCGAGCUGCGCAACUGUUCCGCCCUGGUCAAGAACCAAAUCGCCAAGUUCAACGAUUUGAGGUUCGUCGGGCGAAGCGGACGAGGGAAAAGUUUCACGAUCACCAUUACAGUUUCGACGUGUCCACCUCAAGUAGCGACGUAUAAUAAAGCAAUCAAAGUUACCGUGGACGGACCUCGAGAACCACGAUCCAAAUCUCUACACCAAGGUCCUCCUCAUCAGUUCCGUGGAUUGGGCCUCGGUCAGAGGCCCUUUAUGGAAAAUGCAUCGUUUUCCAAUCAUUUGCGGGAGUUGGAUACAUACCGCCGAGUGAAGACCGAAGAAUCACCCGUCCUCGAGCAGACGUAUCGGUCAACAAACAACCAAGACGAACAUUCCGACGUACCAGUCGGCGUGCCCGAGUCGAGCAACUGGUGUGGUUAUUCGACGUCGUCGUAUUCGCCAAGUGCCGCGCCGCUCGGAGGAGCUGCAUACGCCGCUUAUCCCGAUGCCGCCGGACCUGCCGCGGCCAUGGCCAUGGACGCUCCUUCAGCCAUGUACGGAAGCGGCCAUCCGGAAGUACAGCAAAACAACCAGAUGGCAGACUUUUGCGGCACGCACCAACAACACCAACACCACCACCAUCACCAACAACAACAUCAACAACAACAGCAACAUGAGCACCACCAACAACACCAACAGGAGCUCUUAAAACCGGCACUCCAUAACCAAGAUUUGGAAACAGGCGUCGGCGUCGGUGGCGGCUAUUACCCGUCGUCUUGGCCGACCGCGGAACAUCACCAUCACCAUCAUCCGUCGUCGUACCACCAUCACCAUCACCAUGCGGCCGCGGUCGCGUACCAGUACAACGCAGCAGUGGUACCACCGCCACCGCCACCGCCUCCGACACACCACCCGGUGCAGAUGACCGCCGAACCGCCACCUGUGCCGCCGCCCACCACGAUGGUGCUGUACCCGCAUCUGUACUCGACAGUGAACCAGAACCAGAUACACCUGCACCUGCACGCGCCGUCAUCCGCAGCCGAACAUCAAUUGCAGCAAUUGCACAUCAACAACAACAACAACAACAGCAUCAAGGACCCGUCCGCGGCCGAACACCAUCAGUACGUCGUGGACGACGUGGCCGCGUUGGCCGCGGUCGCGGCUGCCGGUAAUCCGGCCUCGCAGUUGACCAUCAGCGCGGCCGGCAGCGGAAGAGGGAACGCGCGCGGCAUCGAAAUCGGGCUGUUACCACCACCCCCCGCCGUAUCACUAGAAGAACACCAUCAGGCGGGCGACAUCAUAUCCAUUGGAGGCCGGUACAGCGACCGGCAGCAACAGCAGCAACAGCACACCGACCUGGCAGUCUGGAGGCCCUACUGAUCGGCUGCGUCGCCACUUAUUAAUUAUUAUUAUGCUUAUUAUUUGAUUACUACCGCAGAGGACUACCACGUGACGGCAACAAGGGUCGCCACUUAAACCGUAUAAAGCGCUACGCUCAACCAGAGACGCUAUAAAUCUGUAGCGACGUACGUCCUAUUAUGAAUUAUUAGUAUAUCAUAUGUUGUUGACAGUGUCUUUUCAUACAGGUUUACAGUGGUGGUGCUAAAACUAUUAUUAUUAUUAUCAUUAUUAUUAUUAUUAAAUUUUUAUUUUUGUCAUUUAUAUAAUACCUACAACUGUCAAUGGUGUGUUGGUGAGACAGUGGGAGGCCCACGAUGAGCAGCAUUUUAUUUUGUAAACGCUAUUUGUAAUGUGACUAUUUUGAAGACGCCUUUUGACCCUGAGUGAGAUUAUUUAAGAUAAAUAAUAAACAUUUCUAUAAUAGACACUAGGUAUCUAUAAAAUUAUUAAAUUGCUCAAAAUUUGUUUUAUUGUGAUUUACAGUAAUUUUUCUUAUUUACAUUUUAAAUUUAGCUAUUUUAAUUAUAUUCGCAAUAUUAAUCAUGACAAUAUUCAAAUCAUAAAAUAUUAUAAUGCAACAGAUGAUUUCAAAAUUAUUAAAAUAACAGCAAAUUCCACAAAUUGUCUCUUGGCCUGUAGUUGUCGUAUCGAUUCGACAAGAAUAAAAAAUAUAGUGUCAUCGGGGAAAGUGAUUUAACUACUUACUUAGAGUUGUAACUAUUUUAAACUAAUACUGACCGUAGGUCUGUAGGAUAAGCAUUAAAAACUGUCAUAAUGAUCCCAGACUUAUUAUAGGUUAACUUAUUCUAAUACUUACAUCAUUAUCUUUAAAUCUUUGUUUUAACAUCUUCCUCAUUUUUUCGUCUAUUAUACACAAUAUACUGUAUAGAGAUUCAAUUUUUGUUUAUCUGCGCCAAAAAGUCAAAAUAAAACGAUUGUGAAUCAUAAUAUUUAACUAAGAUUAAUUCCAAACGAGCUAUAAUGGAAAAACCUUUCGGAACGUUUUCCA